AUGAUUACCCAGCCUAUCAUUCAUCCAUAUAUGUUAUACAUGGCAUUGCCAGCAGUUCGAGCUUGCAUCGUAUUUGAGAUUCCACCCAAAGCUCCAGUGCCGAUGCGAAUCCAAAAUCGGUAUUGGAAUCCAUCACGACGCCACAUGCUGCGCAGUACCACAUUCUGCCAACAUCUGAUUCUCGGCAGAAAGGGCUUCGCAUUCGGUGCCCUACCGACGCAGACGCAGUUUUCUCCAUUCGGGAGGUAG